AUGAGCUUGAAGCAACUGCCAGGUCACAACAGUGCAACACUACCCCCACAAGAGAUCAUCGAUCUGUUCAAAGUUGCAUUUGGACAAGAACUGUACUCGGGGAACCUUUCACAACUUGAAGCGCAGAUCCAGGAUGUCAAGUCCUGUCUUUAUAACAGAGAGUAUAUAGAAGCCUUCAAAACCGACGAAAGAAGGACUGCAUACGUGUGUAGGUGGACACCCUCGCGAGCGAUCUCCUACGCCUCAUUAUUCUCACACUUCCCGGAGAUCCUAGAGAAACUACGGACAAGUGACAGCAAUGUUCUGUGUGUCGGGGGAGGUGCAGGCGCGGAACUGGUAGCAUUGGCAUCGAUAUUCACUCCAGCGAAGUUCGCCAAGGACUCUAGCACUGGGACUCUGCAAGUAAACCUCAUCGACUUGUCCGACUGGGAUCACGUCUUGCAAAAGAUGAUUACGUCUAUAAACGAUCGCUGGCUGUACAAGCAGACUUCCGCGGAUUUCAAAGUUCAAUUCACGAACAGGGACGUGCUGACAGUCACAGAGACCGGGGACCUGGCACACCUGGACCUCAUCACUCUCUUGUUCACUACAAACGAGCUGUUCAAACAGGACAGAGCCGGGAGCAUACGAUUUCUACAGUCCUUGAACAAGCACUGCAAAAUCGGUUCGCACUUGCUCAUUGCGGAGAGUGCGGGCAGUUACUCCCACAUCAAAGUCGGGAAACGUACUUUCCCAGUGCAAUUCCUGGUCGACACGGUCCUUGUUGGACCUCACGGCAAAGGUGGGCCGUGGGAAUUGGUCCAAGAAAGUGACAGUUUGUGGUACCGCUGCCCGCCAGAACUGGACUAUUGCAUCAAGCUUGAGAACAUGCGCUUCUUCUACAGACUGUACACCAAGACACACUGA